UAGGUGUGUAAAAUAAUCAUUCGAGGAUUUGCUUUUCGGCUGUUCAGACGAGUUUUAUCUUAACUUUUCAUUUAAAUUCAAGAAUGAACUCGGACAGUUUAUAUGAGAUAAAAUCGUAUUUUGAUGCCAAGUUUGCAGAUUUUAAAAAAGAGAUAUGCAAAGGAAGUGUUGCCAAAACUCACAAAUCCACUGUUUUGAAAAACAAAGGGAAUCAGAUUCAGUUGGAUCAUAACUGUGAGCUGUUGGAUUUCAUUGUUCAAAUUAGCGGACUGAUUGAGUCAGGGGAACACAGUGAGGCGCUCGAGUUGUGUGAGACUGCUAAGGAAAAGAUUGAACGUCGCAAUAAACUGAUAAAACUGGCAGACAAGUCACCUAGUGGUUGGUUGACUGUACACGAUUAUGAGCAAGACGAUUUAGCCAGCGAUGAUGAGGAUUCAAAGAGAAUUAAAAAGGCUGAGAAAGCAGUUGCGUCCAUUAUCAAACAGCGCAAUGAAGCAAAGAAAGCGAACAGAAGGUUCAUAAAUGUUUCAGGUUCUGAUGUAUGAUAUGCCAGGAAUGCUUGUUUAAAAAAAAAUAGAUGUUUCGGGGGACGAGAAGACGUCCAUGCUGGUCUUGAGCCACA